GGCCAUGACGUACCAAAUCGUCCAUCCGGAGGUUGCCGGUGUAACUGUACAGUUUGAAACUUUGGUGAGUGAGCAUACUCAAGUGGUCGCGGUCACGCAAGAUCCAGCAAGCAUUCAGCAACCUAUACGAUGGGGAAAGAUCGCGUUGGCUCCUCUGGAAAGAAAUUCCGUAUGACACUUGGUCUCCCUGUUGGUGCCGUCCUCAACUGUGCCGACAACAGCGGUGCCAAGUCACUAUUCAUAAUCGAGCCUUAUGGUUUCGGUGCACGAUUGAACAGAUUGCCUGAUGCUGGUGUUGGUGACAUGGUCGUUGCAUCAGUAAAGAAGGGGAAACCUGAACUGAGGAAAAAAACUAUGCCCGCUGUUGUUGUCCGCCAACGUAAGGCAUGGCGUCGGAGAGACGGUGUUUUCUUGUACUUUGAGGACAAUGCCGGUGUUAUUGUUAACCCCAAGGGUGAUAUGAAGGGCUCCGUUAUCGUUGGCCCUGUCGCAAAAGAAUGUGUUGACCUGUGGCCCCGUAUUGCAGCUAAGGCCGGCUCCGUUGUAUGAUUUAGAUAUGUUACAGUAGGCUGAGCAAUCUACUAUUCCAGUCUCGACUUGUGGUAGGAAGGCAUGGCUCAUCUAUUGCAUCAAUGGGCCUAGUGAUGCAAUUCACUAGCUGUGAAUGCAUUCAACUGUGAAAUUCGAGAACAGUGACUAUGUGUACAUGAUA